CCCGAGGGCAAAGACCACCUGCGGUCCCAAGACGGGCCUGGAGGAGAAAAGCCGAGAGACGGCGCCAAAGCCUCAUGGCACCGAGGGUUAAAUCCCGUUGCCUUUUUCCUUCCGUCCCCUCAGGACGGCCCCUCCUCUCCUCCAGAGGGAGCCAUCGCCGCCGCCGCCGCCGCCGAGGGCUCAGCUGCCUCCCGCAGCCCGCCCGGCUCUCCGCACCCGCGGCCAUGUUGGCCGCCUGCGGGCCGCCAUUCCGCGCCGCGCUGCGCCGGGCAGCGCCCCCCGGCCUCGCCUCCUUCCACAGCUCCGCCCGGCGCCCCCGCGGCGCCCGCGUCGCCGUGGUCCUGUCUGGUUGUGGUGUCUACGAUGGCACAGAAAUCCAUGAGGCCUCAGCCAUACUGGUACACCUGAGUCGUGGGGGAGCUGAGGUUCAGAUGUAUGCUCCAGAUGUUCCUCAAAUGCAUGUUGUUGACCACAGUAAAGGGCAACCAGCUGAAGCUGAGUCAAGGAAUGUUUUAGUGGAAUCUGCAAGGAUUGCUCGUGGUAAAAUCACAAGCCUGGCUAAACUUACUACAGCAGACCAUGAUGCUGUGAUAUUCCCUGGUGGAUUUGGAGCUGCUAAGAACUUGUCUACCUUUGCUGUUGAUGGGAAAGAUUGCAAGGUGAAUAGAGAAGUUGAACGUGUCUUGAAAGACUUCCACAAAGCAGGCAAACCUAUUGGUCUUUGCUGCAUUUCACCAGUGUUGGCAGCAAAGGUUCUUUCUGGUGCUGAAGUAACUGUGGGCCAUGAAGAAGAGGAAGGUGGCAAGUGGCCUUACGCUGGAACUGCAGGAGCCAUUAAAGAGCUGGGAGGAAAGCAUUGUGUGAAAGAAGUGACUGAAGCUCAUGUGGAUACAAAAAACAAGGUGGUGACUACCCCAGCAUUUAUGUGUGAAACGGAAUUACAUAAUAUCUUCGACGGCAUUGGGGCCAUGGUAAAGAAUGUGUUAAAAUUAACUGGCAAAUAAAGUGUCCGUUUUUAACAUGAAAACUUCAGGAAUGUUUAAAUGUAGGGUGUAGUAUCAAAAAUAAUGUGGACCAGUGGAAGUAUUUUCACCUGCUUGUCCUGUUCAUACUCUAGUAAUUGCUUAUGUGAAGCUGGCUGGUUCCCAGCAGCACUACGGGGUUUCCCAUACGCUUCCUGAGAGAAGGGCUGCAGAAGGGCUCGCAGAGAACAGGCAGUUUGUCCCAAGGCACUGAGCAUUGUCUUGAGCUUUUUCAGCUGGAGAGAGCUGUGCAGAUGUGUUUGGACACCAGCCAUCACAGUGCGCCCCUGUCAAAUCCUUUCCGUGAGCACAAAACCCCACUGAAGGCACUUUCAGAAUCUGAGGGCAAUUGUGUUGUAGGGACAUGGCAGAUGCGGAGGCGGUAUAUCUAGUGGACAAAGAAUGGGAGUAGAGAGGGAUUAGUGCGUAGUUCAUAGUUUAUGUGCUGAGGCCUGUAUCUCUGAACUAAAAGCAAGGAGCAGCUGGUAAGGGAACUGACAUCUUCCACAUCCUAGUGUUAGCUUCGUGUUAAUUAAAUGGAAGAAUAAAACAUUUAUCUUUUUAAAGAAUCCUGUUUUCGCCGGGGAGCCAUUCUGAAAAUCAGCAUCUGAGCUGUCACAGUACUAGCACUUUGAAAAAUUCGUCCAUUGGUCCAUUGUAGCUAGAAAGGUCUUGAGGGAGAAAAUAUCCGCUGAUGUGACGCACAAUCUUUAAGGGUAAUACCUUUAUUAAAGUAGUUGCAUGACUAGCAAAUAGAGGAACAAAUCUCAAGUUAUCCUCACUUUCCCUGCUUAAGGGUAAUAAAGCUUUCUCCAAAGAAGUAUUACUGAAUGUCUGAAAUAAUGAUGUAUAAAUAAAUUAAUUUCUGCCUUUA